AUGUCGGACCGCUUGGCCGAGAGUGCGAUGACAGAGGCCAGAUUGCAGUGCCAAGUGGAUGCACUGCAGGCUGAGCUGCAGUCGCAGAAGGAGCAGACGGAGGCCGUGCGUACUGAUCUGGGGGCCCAGGUACAGAUGGCCACAAAGGAGGCGGAGAGCCUGCGUGGACAGGUGACGGACCUCAAGAAAUGGAAUGCAGAAUGGCAGGAGGCCUACCAGACGAAGCUGUCAAGCCUUCCGGACGCUGGACAGUGGAAGGCCUACUAUGAGUCCUCUGAAAAGGCCAGAGGGGAGCUGCAGCAAAGGUUGGAAAAGCUGCAGACCGCUCACGCGGAGGAGACGAAGAUGGUCCUGCAGGAAGUGAAGGAUGCUGCCAGCUCCCGGCACAGCAGCCUCUGUCGAGACCAUCAUCGUACCGUGCAGGAGAAGGACAAGCAGCUGACAUCGCUGCGAGAGGAGAUCUUGCAGAAGGACCAGAUCAUCGAAGGACUCAAGAAG